CGGAAGCACGCUGUGUCGUUACAUGAAGUUAGCAAAACAUUCAAUUUAUCCACAGAAAGGAGAUAGAAUCCGCUUUGAGCCAGCACAGAGACAGAUAGUCACUUUUAAUAACUAUUCGCACAUGACGAACUGAUUUAUCAAGCUUACUGCACGAUCAUUUUAUUAAAUGGUCUGAUUUUUGAAAAAUAAAAACGUUAAAGCUACGGUAUUGUAUAUAUAUAAUAAUAUAUAAUUAAGGAGUUACAUUGCAUCUCUUUUGUUUAUCAUGUAUUUUUAAUCUUUUUGCGUCAUGGAGCAACUAGUCAUCUGACGUCCUUCCUCGUUCCUCGUAUGCAGAUGAUCCAUCGCUCGGUAUCUUCAGAUGCACUGUGAAGGGAUUCACUCACUCAGCCAUGAGACUGAUCAACGCUGCUCUGCUCUUCCUCCUCCUCAUCCUCAGCUGUAAUGCACUGGGGCUCAAACCACGGCUGUUAGGCAGACACACAGCCCAAACCAACUCUCAGCACCCAUCUGUCUCAUACCAAACUUUCUAUUUUGAUCAGCAGAUUGACCAUUUUGGCUUUUUGGAGAAUGGCACGUUCAAACAGAGGUAUCUUCUUAAUGACCGUCACUGGCACAAGGAAGGAGGCCCAAUCCUGUUUUACACGGGCAAUGAAGGAGACAUCACAUGGUUCUGUAACAACACUGGUUUCAUGUGGGAUGUGGCAGAAGAGCUGGGAGCCUUGCUGGUUUUUGCUGAACAUCGCUACUAUGGAGAGUCCAUGCCGUUCGGCGAAGAGUCUUACAGCAAUGCAAAGUAUCUGAACUACCUGACGUCAGAACAGGCUUUAGCUGACUUUGCAGUGCUCAUCAAAGCUCUGAAAAGAGCCCUUCCUGGAGCUCAGAAGAGUUCGGUCAUUGCCAUUGGCGGCUCCUACGGCGGGAUGCUGGCAGCCUGGCUGAGGAUGAAGUAUCCCAGUGAAGUUGUAGGUGCUCUUGCCGCGUCCGCUCCCAUCUGGCAGUUCAUUGUGCCAUGUGGAGAGUUUUACAAAGUGGUCACCAAUGACUUCGCCAUCAGCGGCACCAACUGUAGCAGCAACAUCAGGAGGUCAUGGGCGGCUAUUGACAGGGUCUCAGCAACAGGUGAGGGUCUGCAGUGGCUGUCUCAGGAGUUUGGACUGUGUAAUCCUUUAAAGACUGCAGAUGAAGUGUAUGGCUUCAAGGCUUGGCUGCAGGAAACCUGGGUGAAUUUAGCCAUGGUGGAUUAUCCAUAUGAAGCUAACUUCCUUCAACCACUUCCAGCCUGGCCUGUCAAGGUGGUCUGUAAAAAUCUUGAUUUUAAUACCGGCGUAUCAGACAAACAGCUGUUGAGUGGCAUCUCUCAAGCCGUAAGGGUUUACUACAAUUACACAGGAGAUGCAGUCUGUCUCAACACCUCACAAACCGCUACUGGGAAUCUGGGCUUCCUUGGUUGGUUCUACCAGAGCUGUACAGAGAUGGUAAUGCCAAUGUGCACAGACGGCGUCGCUGACAUGUUUGAGCCACAGCCAUGGAACUACCAGGCUUUCUCCGACGAGUGCUACAACCAGUUUGGAGUGCGGCCGCGGGAAGACUGGGCAGAAAUUGUUUACGGUGGGAGAAACAUAAGUGCCCACAGCAACAUCAUCUUCAGUAAUGGAAAUCUUGAUCCGUGGAUGAGUGGUGGAGUGACCAGAAGUCUUUCAGAAUCUCUGGUUGCCAUAAUGAUCGAUGGAGGUGCGCACCACCUGGAUCUGCGCUACAACAGCGAGUUUGACCCAGAGUCAGUUCUCAAAACACGGGCGCUAGAAGUACAAUACUUCAAGGAGUGGAUCAAACAGGCAGCAACUACCCAAUGACAUGCAAUCGAGAUCAUGGAAAUGAAACGGAAUCUAAGAAAAACAAAAUUAACUAUUUCUGUUUGCUAUUUGUUGUUAUUAGGGAGUGGAAGGAAUUUUUUGGGGGGCUAAUUGCUGAUUGUAAUGUUUUUUUUUUUUUUUUGGUGCAAAACAAGAAUGUUCAGUAGGUUUCUCUGAGAAAAUUGAGGAACUGAAAGCGUCAGAAAACACCAAAUGCAAAACCACUCAGGGGAAGUGUCCUUUGCCAAAGUAGCUAUACAAAUCAGAUGUUUACAGCUAUGGUUUGUUACUAAAGCGUGAUACAUUUUAAAGGGGAUAGUUCUCUCAUUUGUUUAGCCCCAUUUUCCUUUUAAACUCACCUGUUUUUUUUUCUUCCAUGGAAAAUAAAAAUUCCAUACUUGUGUCCGA